UUUAAGCAAACAUAUCAAGUUUGCUAGUUUAUAUGCAGCUGUUUGAUUUUAUAAAAUUAUAUAAAAAAUAAUAAAUCAAUAAAAAUAAAUAAAUAAAUAAACAAACAAACAAGCAAUUUCAAAUAAACAUAAAAAAUAAAAAAAAUGGCUAUCAAAUAAAUCAUCGUCUCCUUAGCUUUACUCUAAGUUAUUUUGGCUGCUGCUGGUACAGGAAAUGUUCCUUGCACUGGUACUGCUGGUACUGCAUGUACAAGUGCUUGUCCCGCUUCAUUCCCCUUACCUACUGGUUGCACAUACUCAGGUAAUUUUGGUGCUUGUAUUGUAAGUGAAUGUACUUGUUCUACUACUAAGCUUACUGAUGCUUAUUGUGCAUCUUGCAAGGGAGCUACUUAUUUUGCCAACACUGCCUAAACUGCUUGUGUUUAAUCUUCAUACUCAUGCCUUAAUAGAGGUACUAACGCUUGGACAGUUAAUGAUUGCAAUACUUGUACUGGAAGUACCAACUAAAAGAUUGUUAAGGGUUCAUGCUCAACCUCUGCUAAUGUUCUCAUUGCUUCUUUCUUCGGUUUACUUUUAUUGCUCCUCUGA